AUGUCCCAACGAAACCGAAGCGGCCGCGGCUCGAAUCGCAACAAUGGCAGCGGCCACGGCGAGGAGGUACAGCUGUGGGAGUCGGCCAAGGAGAAGUUCCACGAAAUCGUCAGUGGUGUCAAUCAAGAGAACGACAACCUGGCCGAGCUGUUGAAGCUCGACAAAAAGGCCGCGAUUGCUAGCAUGGACGGUGGCAAGCCCUCUGGCGCCGAUCUCAACAAGAUGGAGCAGAACUGCCGAUCAGGAGUCAAGCUGUCUGAGAACAACUCCAAUAACAUCAAGAACCUCAUUGAGCAGCUUAAGAUCCUGAAGGCCGUGCAGCAGGCCAAGGAAGCUGCCGAGGCUCCCGCGACGACGAGCACAUCAUCGCGAACCGGCAGCUCUACUCGCAACCGAGAUGCCGCGUCGGCCGCAAUAUACGACUUCGACGGUGCCGGCGACUCCCCCGUACCUAGCCCUAUCGGCGGCAACUCGCGCAAGUUUGGGGAAAGAGGCAGCAACCGCGACAGCAUGCCGCCCAAGGCAGAUAGCGUCGAGCCGCAGGGAUCAACGGGCUCCAACACAGCGGGCUCCUCGUCGGGGGCUCUGGGAUCGAGCGCUGCGUCGGCGGCGCGCAGCAAGGUAUCGUUUUCCAAGGGCGACAAGGUCGCGUUCAAGCGGAAGAAAGACGAACCGCAGCAGGGCGAGGCACCUUACGACUGGAUACUGGGCGAGGUUGUUGGAGUCAUGGGCGAAGGCAAGAGCCGACGGUACAAGUGUCUGGAUGUGGAACCGGAGGACAAUGUCAAGCCGAAGGAGUACAAAACAUUUGCUUCGGGCAUGAUACCGAUCCCGGCUGAGAACCAGACGCAUACUCUCGCCAAGUUGGAGGCUGGCAAGAUGGUACUUGGCCUAUACCCACAGACGACGGCAUUCUACGCAGCGGACGUUGUCGGCACGGAGCCGGACGGCAAGACGGUCAAUCUCAAGUUCCACGGCGAGAACGACUCCUCGACAACGCAUCAGGUGGAACGUCGCUAUGUGCUGGAAUUUCGGCCUUAG